AUGGAGAAGCACGCAACUGCCAGGGGAUUUUGUCUAUGCCACCUGAUUUGUGUGUGGUAUCAGACUGGAAGGAUCGGACUAUAUUUGGGUUUCUAUAACGUGGGUUACUCGGAGCAAAUGAGGCAAUUCGUAUGCGACGAACAACUGUAUGUGCAAAUAACGGCCUUUGUUAAUUUGCUGGCCAGUUGGUUGUAUCUGUGCUUCAGUCAUCGUUGGAUCUACGACCAGUUUGUGAACCUACUAUAUGUUCCACUAUAUAUUUACUUUUUAAUCCUGAGAAGACAUCUCACAAAGCUCUUGAACGAAUGUGCUGACCUGCAUAGGUCAAUGCAAAUGAUAAUGGGAGAUCGGUUGUGUGCAAAGAUACCUAGAGAAUGUAUCUACACUCUACUACUAAUCAUAAUUAUCAUUCUGCGAAUCCUUUGGCAGCUCCGAAUCUAUUCGAUAUAUCAGAGUAUUUUUAUAUUCGGCGUGGCAUUUAUCUAUCACUUUGAGCUGCUGUUUUUUGGAAACUAUCUGAUCUGGCUAAGCUGUAUCUUUAGAUCGCUAAAUGUAUUUCUUGCGCAAGACAUGAGAAGUGAUAGAUUGAACAUAUUGAAGGGAGUGCUGAGACAGCAAACCAUUAUUUGGCGAGUUCAUCGAACUGUAUCCCGAUACUUUGCCCUGCAUAUCAUCAGUUUCAUGAUCCAACCAGGCAUAAAAAUUUGCAUAAUAUUAACGUGUUCAGGCCAACAAAUGAAUGCGCAAAUGAUUUCACUAAUGUUACAUCUACUUUUGUUGGCCUUGUUUAUGAUAAUUGCUUCGAAUCUGCAAAAGCAGCAUCGCAAAUUUCAGAAAAAUUAUCUCGGCCUUAAAGAUGACCCCAACUACUUUGUAUUGAAAUCCUGGCGCCUGUUGCAGAAUAGAACUUUGCCACAGGCUUUUGGAGUGACAUUCUUCCGAAAGCGGGAGAAAGUUCAGUACAAACAGGAUGUGGUAACAAUGCUGUUCUUGAAUAACUGCUCCGUUCUGCAAUUGACCAAACAACCACUCUGUUUAACAUUUUUUGGCUUUAAAGCUGUCAGGUUUGGCAUUUCUAUAUCUAUGCUAAGGAGUUGCCUGAAAACCCACAUCCGUGAACUUUUGCUAAUGCUUGUAGUUCGCUCACUUUUCAACAAGUACGCAACUUCGCAGGACUACGCGUAUGAGUCCCAGGACGAUUUCAAUGGAAAUGUUACCCAAACAAUUAGUCAAGUCUAUCGCUUUUAUUUCUAUGAUGAGUUCGAGUGA